GAUACAAUUCAUCGGAUUCAAAGAAAUUUAAUAUGCAAGUUUUUUUAUUACGACGUGAUGUCAUGCACGCAUUCCAAACGUGAGCAUAUAUUAUAUUUAUAAUGCAACAAGGAAGCUAUAGUGUGGAGUGGCGUCGAAGCACAUCCGAAGCCAUUACGUCUUAUCUAAAGUAAGCAUAUUCUGCUGUGCUAUUUCAAAUACUGAAGCAGAUUCGAUUCCAUGAGAUUGGAGGCAAAUAUGAGUAAAGGGGUCUUGGUUGUUGUUGUACUAGUGGCAUUUCUCAUUACGGGUUCUAAGUCUCAAAGUUGUUCCUCGAAAGACGACUGUGGCUUUGGGGAAUGUUGUUAUGAAGGACGUUGCACGACUGAUCAUUUGAGAUGUGGCCAGAGCAAGCAAUGUUACAGUGAUAUAAGCUGUUCAGAUGGAUGUUGUUUUAAUAAUAGAUGUUACACGUAUUCGAGCAUUGAGUGUUAUUUGAAAAGGCAACAACAACAAAGUAAACCGACAGCGGGUAGUUGGUGUUAUAAAGACUCGGAUUGUAGAAGUGAUUGUUGUAAAGGAUAUACCUGCCAAGCAUCGUAUUUCUCGUGUACUGCUACUGUUCCUAUUUUGUCUACGAAGACAACCACCAAAUCUACGAAAGCGACAGCAGGUAGUUUGUGUUAUAAAGCCUUAGAUUGUAGCAGUGAUUGUUGUAAAGACUAUAUCUGCCAAGCAUCGUAUUUCUCGUGUAUUGCUACUGUUCCUAGUACGACGAGGAAUUGGUGUAAUUAUGACUGGCAAUGUAGCGGUUGCUGUGUUGAUCAACAAUGCGGUGAAUGUGGAACGAAAUAUACUACCACGGAAGGUUACUUUGAAGACAACUACGACGACGACAGUUACACACACAGGAAGUCUAGCAGUGGUAUGGGUGUAGGGGCUUAUAUUGGCAUAGCUGUAGCUUCAGUGGUCGUCAUCAUCUUAAAAGUCACACUCUGGGCAUCUUGGUGCCAGCGUCGCACCACUCAACGCGAACGCGUGAUCACCGUGCGAAGACGAAUCACGUGCGUUGCCGUUCCCAUCGUGCAGUGCGAUGAGCUGCAACGGGAGUACGAACGAACAGACCGGGGGAUUCCUGACCGGCCCCCGCCUGCGUACAGCCCGCGUCCCUUCCAAGACGUUGCACAUAACGACGAGGAACGUCAUGCACUGAUCCAAGGUGAAAGACAAGGAGAAGCAGCGCCUAUUGGACCACCUCCUGCGUAUUCACCUAAUCCAGUUGACGACCCCACCACACAGACUGACCAAAGUGCUCAUCUAGAGACUGGAAAUACAGAAGAAAUGAAUAGUGCACCACGUGUACAGAGUUCCACAAUGGUACCACCACCAGCGUAUACCCCCAGUACCGUAGUCAAUCCCACAGCCCAACAUUCAACCCAAUCAGACCAAACUCAAAGACGAGAAGCAUCUGGUAAUAGUAACCUGAUAAUGGGACCUUUUGUUAUUUAGUCACAAACUAAAUAUGUUAUAUGAUAACAUUUGAAACUUCAAUUUGGACCUAAACACGUAGAUGCAAUGUGAUGUGCAUGUUUGUUUAUCUCUAGUUUUAAUGAGUCGUAUUCGUUGAUUGUAUAAAGGUAAAUAUUGCUUGGUAAUAUAUCUCUUUCGAACUGUAAAUGUUACCAAACAAAAAAAUGUAUACUGUUGUGUCUACACACAAACUUUCCGAAUCGUUGAAAAACUUUGUAAAAUCGCUAUCAUUUGUCUUAAAAUUAUACCGAAAAAGAUUUAACAUAUCAUUAAUCAUUUCAAAAUACCUUAAGCUCUAAUUAGAGAGCCACCAUGUUAAUAAUACCAACGUGCUUUAUAAACAACUAACUUCUUUAUAUAUAUUGUUUCGUAUGCAAUGUUGGCUGUGAGCCUUGUUAUAAAAACGCCUUCGUGUUGUAAUUACAAUAUAAUAGUUUUGAUGAAUCUGUGCAGAACGUUUACUGCCUCCUACUUGAUCGUAAAUAAAUGAACAGGAUGUCACAUUCAGAACGAUAAUUGGCAAAAAACGUCAUUCGAA